CAUGCGGCCUUGAACAAAUAUACUGAGUUGUUUAAAGGUCCUCUCCGAUAGAGCAUGCCCAAAUAUUUGCACCUUUACAGCAAAGUAUGAAAUGGCACCAUUAUUUUAUUGCGACGAACGUAGAUAAUAUAUUCAAUAGCUUUACAAAUUACACAAAUGACCGUGGUGUGUGGCAUUUGUUAUUUGGUAUUUAUUUGCUCUAAAGCGCUUUGUUUUCUCUGGUAAUGUGUAAAUUUGCAUAAGUGUAUACUGCCAUGUAGGCAUCAGUAAUUAAGCGAUUUUUUUACGCUCAGUUUAUACUAGAACAUCCCGCGGAGAUUAUCGAAGAUCGUAUGAAGUAAUUUAUUUAAAUAUUAAAUGGAAACUACAAAUAAUUCUUCAAAGGAGACCGAUAACAGACUGACUAAUAAUUAUAAAGAUGAAUGAACCUAAUCCACGAAGGUGGUAAGAAUACAACUAUUCUGCUGUCAAAGUCUUGAGUAUUGAAGCUGAGCCCUCCUGAAAGCACAGUCCUGAUCACAUAAUCGAAAUGUUAUGAAUAAAAAUUUAUACGUGGCAGCUUUCGUUGCUCUGCUUGGUCCGGCUAUGAUGGGCUACACCAUGGCAUACACAUCUCCUGCUAUACCUGACAUGGAAAGCCGAGAAUUGUUUAAGACUACUGAUCAAAUAUCGUGGUUUGGUUCAUUGUUGGCCGUUGGUGCUAUAGUCGGUGGCCCUAUUGCUGGGUUUUGUGUUCAUAAUUUGGGUCGAAAAUAUGCCAUGAUGCUGUGUUCUCUGCCAUUUGUGGUUGGCUACGGUCUCAUAGCAUCAAUAGAUAAUCUUGCAACACUUUACACUGGACGUAUACUGACUGGUAUUGGAACAGGAAUGGCUUCUCUCACAACCCCUGUAUACAUAGCGGAAUUAUCAAGACCAGAUCUGCGAGGAAUGUUAGUAGGGGGUUUUCAGUUGUUUCUAUGUGUUGGAAUUCUUCUUGUGAAUGCUUUGGGGAUUUCGCUUUCUUACGUCUGGUUGGCUGCUGUUGGGUGCGCAAUAUCUACACUUCUAGGAGUACUGAUGAUGUUUAUGCCAGAAACACCGCAUUACUGCAUUAUGAAACAUAAAAUGAACAAAGCAUUGUCAGUCUUAACGUUGUUAAGAGGCGGAGAAUACAAUGUUAAUCACGAAUACAAAGACAUUGCGGAUGAUAUACGGUCAAAAUCAGAUGAUUUUCAGUGCAAAGAGUUCUUUAAGCCGAAUUUGUACAUACCGUUGGUGAUUAGUGUAAUUCUAAUGAUGUUUGUACAGUUCAGCGGUAUAAAUGCCGUUGGUUUUUAUACUGUUACCAUCUUUCAAAAAUCGUCUCCAUCAGUGGACGGCAAUGUAGCGGUCGUUAUUGUAACUGCCGCGCAAGUUGUGGCUACGAUUGUGUCAGUUUUACUAAUCGACAGGAUUGGAAGGAAAAUACUCCUCAUUAUGGCCGGAAUGGGAAUGUGUCUAAGCGCUAGUGCAUUUGGACUGUACUACAAAUUAACAGAGAACACGGCAAAUGGCACCUCCAUAAAUGACGUUAAUUACACAGAGUCGACAUCAAUCCCACCGAUAUCAUCAGAUCUCACAUGGCUAUCUCUAACAAGUGUUAUUGUGUAUACAUCAUCAUUUUCCUUUGCUUGGGGUGCAGUUCCAUUGGUGGUCGUGUCGGAAAUCUUACCAACUAGAGCCAAGGGGCCAGCAAGUGCAAUUGCAAUAACUGUCGCUUGGUUAUCUGCAUUUGUAGUAACGAAGGAGUUUUUCAAAAUGUCGGUUGUAAUGUCAGACGCUGGAGUGUUCUGGUUCUUUGGAGGUGUUUGUCUUCUGAGUGUCAUAUUUGUUGCGUUAUGUGUUCCUGAAACCAAAGGAAGAUCGUUGGAGGAAAUAUCAAAACACUUUCAACGUAAUUUGAAACGAGCGAGAGCAGCUAGCUCAGUCGGCAAAAGUGGUGGGCCGCCGAGAGGGGCAAGGGGAAAUAUUCCCGGGGCCCAAACCUAGGGGACCCAUAGAAAAUUCAGGUUACAUUUUU